AUGGUAUGUUUCUUUGCCUGUGUGCUGGGCCGUCUUACACACUACGCUUUUGAUGCGGUGCUCCUCUCUGCCUUUCUGGCUGGUAUCAAGCGCUCGACUGGUCUCACUCGAGCGAACUUGCGAAAGAAAACUAACCGGUCACCCCGUGCCCGGGCCCUGGUCCGGGUCGCGUGGGGUUCUCACAGCCCCAGUCUCAGCUCUGAUAAAAUCACCGAUAGCAAGGACAUCAAGAAAUGGAUCGACAACUAUCUCGGCGUCGGCGAGUGGGUCAUGGAUCAGUCCGUGGCCGUUCUGGGUUCCACGAGUUACUUCGAGCGCAAGCGAUGA